GAUCUGUUCCUCCCCUUCUCUUGUUUUUAAAACCUUCUUCCCUGUUCCCACGGAGUUCGACCUUAGACAAAUGUAAAAAGCAGCCUGAACUGUCCAAGAUACACAGAGGCGAGCCUCAGAGAUCAGAUUGCUGGGGAACUCAGAGCGAGCGAGCGAGAGAGAGAGAGAGAGAGCGAGCGAGAGAAGGGAGAGAAUAAAAAGGAACAGGAAAUCUCCAAGGCAAUGUUCAUGAAGGUCCAAUUGUUCGUGUGCCUCGUCUUCCUCUCGUGGUUGGGGCAGUCGGUCGAGGGUCGGACUCACUGCGCUGAGCCCUCCGACAAAAAGCUGAGUCAGCAGCUGAGGCGGGUCACACCCUCUUACAGCCUGAACCCCGUGCUGGAGCUGGUGGCUGACGAGGACCUGGGUAACUCUCACAGGAUGUCUCUGAGGGAGAUAGGAGAACAAAGUACCUCACCCUGGUCCUACAGGGUUAACAGUGACAAGACUCGCUACCCCCGCAAGCUCCUGGAAGCUCACUGUCUGCUCAAAGCCUGUCUGGGAGCCGACCACCAGAUAGACCCCACGAUGAGGAGCGUCCCCUUCAACACCACCAUCACCGUGCUGCGCCGCAGAGAAAAGUGCAAGCACGGGACUCACCUCUACAAGGUCGCCCAGGAGAACAUCGCCAUGUUCUGUGUGUGUGUGGUACCUUAGCCCUGCCAGGAGCUGCUGGGAAUGUCUCGACAUCUUGUAGACUCGCAAUAAAGUUUUCGACAUU